AUGAAUAGCAAUAACACGACCAUCGAACCAUCUUUGAACUUGGAUCCUGAAGUCAUUUAUCCUUCAAUAUAUUAUAACAUCUUUGCUUUCAUGUUGUUCUGCAAUUGGAUAUUUGGGUCGUUCUUCAAUGGCAGCUCCCUACUUAUAUUUAUUAAGAAUAAGAAUUUGCGUACGCCGACAAACAUGUUCGUAAUGGGCCUAGCGAUUAACGAUUUAUGUAUGUCGUCUGUCUGUCUUUUUGCUGCGUCCUCGUCUUACAACAAGGGUUGGAUCCAUGGUGAACUGAUAUGUACAAUUGAGGGGUUCCUCGUUUACGUACUCGGUCUAACAAACUUGUACCUUCUGUGUGCCAUCUCUCUUGACAGAUACGUGGUCAUCGCCAAACCACUCCAGGCCAGCAAAAUAAAUCACAACGUCGCUGCUCUGGCUAUCGUUGGUUGUUGGAUGGGGGGGCUAUUUUGGUCAGCCGCGCCGUUUUUUGGAUGGAACUACUACACUCUUGAAGGGUCUAAAGUUUCUUGUGGUGUGUCGUUUGCGCCAAACGAUCCAUCGAUACAAAGCUACAUUUUAAGUAUUUUCAUCUUCUGCUUUGUUGGACCUUUGUGCCUGAUAAUAUUCGCUUACUACGGCGUCUUCAUGACGGUUCGAAAUGUCGCAAGAGGUGGUGUAUGGGAUAUGACAAGUCGUGUAGCAAAAAAGAACCUCAGGGUGGAGAAAAAGAUGGCCAAGACCAUUGCAUGUAUGAUACUUGUGUUCGUCGUUGCUUGGAGUCCGUAUGCCAUCGUAUCCUUCUACACGUGCUUUGCCGCUCCGGAAUUUGUUCCUUUAGCCCUAUCGGGAUUUCCACCCAUAAUUGCCAAGACCAGUGCAAUGCUCAAUCCUAUGGUUUAUAUCGCAACAAACAAGCAGUUUAGGAUGGCCUUCUACGAGUUCCUUCCUUCUGGAAUUAAGAGUACGAUGAUCAAGAGAGAGGAAGACGCAAUGCGGUCAUCUUCUGAUUCUGAUGAUAAUAAAAAGAAGGAAACAGCAAGGAAACAAACUCAGGUAGCACCUGCGGAUGACGGAGCGUCGCAAGGCGAGAAAACUGCAGUGGAGGAUCUGUCGCCGCCACAGUCUCAGGCUAACGCCUAGGCCAUCGACCUGGAUAAAGUCGGAUAGAGUUCCUUGUUAAACAUUAUUGCUAUGUUUAACUUUAGACAGUCAUUCUCUGGUCGUAUACAUGUUCACUAAAACACUUUAAGAGAAGUGUACACGAUGUGAAAGUGACAUGUUAAACCAGGAGAUAAAUGUAGGUUUCGUGUGGUGGAAAUGACCAUAGAACAUAAUGUACUAGUCACCCUUACAUUUUUUUCUUGGGUGUUACAGCUAAACACUAACCCAAAACGUAACGAAUUCAUUAUUUAAAAAUAUGUCAUAUUAAACCCCCAGAGUGGUAGCGUUAUAGUAGAUAGAAGGAUUAUAACAUCUAAUGUGCGUAGCUAUGGUAAUUGCAUACCGCAUAGAUAAUUGUUUAGUGGAAUAAGCAGGUUUAAUAUUGACAUAGUGGAUGAUGUUUAUUUAAUAAUAGUUAGAAAAACCACUGCGAUCGAUUCUCGGAUGACCUAUGAAACUCCAGAAAUGAAGUUCCUUACCCUUAGGGGGAUAGGCAAUCCUUACACCCAGUCACUUGGAAUAGAAAAAACACUUAACACACAGACAUUAGGGGUAAUGGAAAACCCUCACAUGAAGUCAUUGGGGGAAUAGACAAUCCUUACACCCAGUCACUUGGAAUAGAAAAAUACUUAACACACAGACAUUAGGGUAAUGGCGAACCCUUACGUAAAGUCAUUUGGGGAUAGGAAAUCCUUACAAGCAGUCUCUAGGAAAAGAUACAAGUUUACACACAGACAUUUGGGUUAAUGUCGAACACUUACGUAAAGUCUUUAGGGAAUAGAGAAUCCUUACAAGCAGUCUCUAGGGAAAGAUACAAGUUUACACAAAGACAUUUGGGUUAAUGGCGAACACUUACGUAAAGUCAUUUGGGGAUAGAAAAUCCUUACAAGCAGUCUCUAGGAAAAUAUUUACACAAGUCAUUGAGGAAAUGGCAAACCUUUAAAUACAGUACAUUGGCAAUAAAUAAACAUGCCAGACAGUCUUUGUCGAAUGGGAAUCCCUGUGUGACUAAAACCUUUUUCUAAAACCGUAUCAAUGUUGUCCUUGGCCCCAAAAUAAUAUGGUGUCUUCCUAUCAGGAGCUACGGUAUCACCUAAUGUAUGUCAUUAGAAACAUAUCUGAUGGUUAACGUUAGUCGAUGCAGGUACACGUGAGAGAUAACGUUAGUCGAUGUAGGUACACGUGAGAGAUAACGUUAGUCGAUGUAGGUACACGUGAGAGAUAACGUUAGUCGAUGUAGGUACACGUGAGAGAUAACAUUAGUCGAUGUAGGUACACGUGAGAGAUAGCAUUAGUCGAUGUAGGUACACGUGAGAGAUAGCAUUAGUCGAUGUAGGUACACGUGAGAGAUAACAUUAGUCGAUGUAGGUACACGUGAGAGAUAACGUUAGUCGAUGAAGGUACACGUGAGAGAUAACAUGAGUCGAUGUAGCUACACGUGAGAGAUAACGUUAGUCGAUGAAGGUACACGUGAGAGAAAACGUUAGUCGAUGUAGGUACAGGUGAGAGAUACUAUUAGUGGAUGUAGGUACACGUGAGGGAUAAGGUUUGUCGAUGUAGGUACACGUGAGAGAUAACAUUAGUCAAUGUAGGUACACGUGAGAGAGAGAACAAUGAUGUUAUAAUACGAGGGAGAGACACUGAUUGAUGUUAUAACACGUGGGAAAUAUAACAUUGAUUGAUGUUGUAACACGUGGGAGAGACAAAGAUUGAUGUUAUAACACGUGGGAAAGAUAACAAUGAUUGAUGUUGUAACACGUGGGAGAGACAAAGAUUGAUGUUAUAACACGUGGGAAAGAUAACAAUGAUUGAUGUUGUAACACGUGGGAGAGACAAAGAUUGAUGUUAUAACACGUGGGAAAGAUAACAAUGAUUGAUGUUGUAACACGUUGGAGAGAUAACAUUGAUUGAUGUUGUAACACGUGGGAGAGAUAACAAUGAUUGAUGUUGUAACACGUGGGCGAGAUAACAUUGAUUGAUGUUGUAACACGUUUGAGAAAUAACAAUGAUUGAUGUUAUAACACCUGGGAGAAAUAACAAUGAUUGAUAUUAUAACAUGUGAGAGAUAACAAUGAUUGAUGUUAUAACACCUGGGAGAGAUAACAAUGAUUGAUGUUAUAACACUUGGGAGAGAUAACAAUGAUUGAUGUUAUAACACUUGGGAGAGAUAACAAUGAUUAAUGUUAUAACACUUGGGUGAAAUAACAAUGAUUGAUGUUAUAACACUUGGGAGAGAUAACAUUGAUUGAUGUUAUAACGCGUUUGAGAGAUAACAAUGAUUGAUGUUAGAACACGUUGGAGACAUAAUAAUAAUUGAUGUUAUAACACGUUUGAGAGAUAACAAUGAUUGAUGUUAUAACACAUGGGAGAGAUAACAAUGAUUGAUAUUAUAACACGUUGGAGAGAUAACAAUGAUUGAUAAUAUAACACGUUGGAGGGACAAUGAUUUAUGUUAUAACAUGUGGAAGAGAUAACAAAGAUUGAUGCUAUAACACGUGGGAGAGAAAAUAAUGAUUGAUAUUGUAACACGUUUGAGAGAUAACAAUGAUUGAUGUUAUAACACGUUGGAGGGACGAUGAUUGAUGUUAUAACACGUGGAAGAGAAAGUAAUGAUUGAUAUUGUAACAUGUUUGAGAGAUAACAAUGAUUGAUGUUAUAACACAUGGGAGAGAUAACAUUGAUUGAUGUUAUAACACGUGGGAGAGAUACUAAUAAUUGCUGUUAUAACCCGUUUGAGAGAUAACAAUGAUUGAUGUUAGAACACGUGGGAGAGAUAACAAUGAUUGAUAAUAUAACACGUUGGAGGGACAAUGAUUGAUGUUAUAACACGUGGAAGAGAUAACAAAGAUUGAUGUUAUAACACGUGGGAGAGAUAACAAUGAUUGAUUUUAUAACACGUGGGAGAGAUAACAAUGAUUUAUGUUAUAACACGUGGGAGAGAUAACAAUGAUUGAUUUUAUAACACGUGGAAGAGAUAACAAAGAUUGAUGUUAUAACACGUGGGAGAGAAAAUAAUUAUUGAUAUUGUAACACGUUUGAGAGAUAACAAUGAUUGAUGCUAUAACACAUGGGAGAGAUAACAUUGAUUGAUGUUAUAACACGUGGGAGAGAUAAUAAUAAUUGAUGUUAUAACACGUUUGAGAGAUAACAAUGAUUGAUGUUAGAACACGUGGGAGAGAUAACAAUGAUUGAUAAUAUAACACGUUGGAGGGACAAUGAUUGAUGUUAUAACACGUGGAAGAGAUAACAAAAAUUGAUGUUAUAACACGUGGGAGAGAAAAUAAUGAUUGAUAUUGUAACACGUUUGAGAGAUAACAAUGAUUGAUGUUAGAACACAUGGAAGAGAUAACAAUUAUCGAUGUUAUAACACGUUGGAGGGACAAUGAUUGAUGUUAUAACACGUGGAAGAGAUAACAAAGAUUGAUGUUAUAACACGUGGGAGAGAAAAUAAUGAUUGAUAUUGUAACACGUUUGAGAGAUAACAAUGAUUGAUGUUAUAACACAUGGGAGAGAUAACAUUGAUUAAUGUUAUAACACGUGAGAGAGAUAAUAAUAAUUGAUGUUAUAGCCCGUUUGAGAGAUAACAAUGAUUGAUGUUAUAACACGUGGGAUAACAAUGAUUGAUGUUAUAACACGUGGGGGAGAUAACAAUGAUUGAUAAUAUAACACAUGGGAGAGAUAACAAUGAUUGAUGUUAUAACACGUGGGAGAGAUAACAAUGAUUGAUGUUAUAACACUUGGGAGAGAUAACAUUGAUUGAUGUUAUUACACGUUAGAGAGGUUACAACUCGUUUUUAACAGCACGUAAGAGCGAUUUUGAUGACAAUGACGCUCGUUAGUAGUGUUUUGUUGUAGAUACAAGCAUAAUAACGUUGAUUUGUUUAUAGCAAUGUUGUAGGUUCCGAUAAUAAAAUGCCUUGAUUUUUAUUCACUUAUACGUUUUAUUGCUGGAUUGAUCGACGAUGCCUAGUUGUGAGUUGUUAGAAUGGUGGAUACUUUAUUUAAAACAUUGUUUUUCUAUUAAAGUUACUUGUGUCAAUGACAUUCUCUGUGAGCCUAGCUCAUUGUGAAUGCUGGAUGUUUGUAGAGUACACCACCUCCGGUAUAACGUGGAGACACAGUAUAACAGACGUUUUAUUUACACUAUUCCAUCAUUUACAUCUGUACAUAUAUAUGAAUCAAAACUUUGUUGUAUAUCCAAAAGUAAAUAAAAACUAACAACGUUCACGAAA